AAUCUGGCAAUAGUAGCAGAAACCGGGCAAUUGCCUUUUCCAAAUAGCAAAUGGUAUAAUGACUUCGAGCUACACCUACAAAAUACUCUCUGGUACUUAAUGGACAUCAAUUGGCAUCAAUUGAUCACUACAAGAAACCGAGUACUCCUACCGAUAAACCUCAGCAUGCAAAUCGAAAGAUAUUCCACACUGCAAUUGCAACCCUAUCGGUGCAGUCACCACCACGGUCGCAAACCAACACAGUCACCAAUACACCAACACAAGCCAACAUGUUGUCAGUACAUAGUUUUUGCAAUCAAAGCUUAUCAUUCAAAAGCUUUGGCUUCAGACAAAAUUUAGCGGGUAACUCCUUUUUUGUCACGUUGGCCACGACCUUUUCCUCAAAAUUAGUUAGCAGUAAGUGAGCACU